AUGGUGAUGAGGCAGAUAAGCCCGAUGUUAAGGCAGGCUACUGUUUCAUUCACCGUAAAUACGGGAAGAAAGCCACGUCCUGCCGCAAGCCUUGCUUGUGGAAAGAUGACGCGGCGGAAAACUAAACCGCUCUCCCCGCGAAGAGACGGUCGGGGAUUCAGGGCACGGUCAAAGCCGUCUUCAUCGAACAAUACUUUGAUAGAUACGUUCGGCGAGCGUCGUCUUACCUUAGACCUAGGCUUGCGGCGUCCCAUAACUUGGACUUUUCGCGUGGCAAAUGUGCCUUUUGCAAUCCUCGGUGCAGACGUGUUGACACACUAUAAAUUAACGGUCAACCUGCACAAGCGUCGUUUAAUCGACAGCGUGACUUCCUUGUCAGCGUCCGGACAAGUAAUAGCGGUUCCGAAAAAUAAAAUAUCGUUGGUUAACAGCGAUAAUAAAUUCGCGGACAUCUUAUCGGGAUUCCCCGAGGUUACCGGUCGCGGUCAGGUGCUCUCGCCUGCCGCAUGUGCUGUCGAACACCACAUUGUUACGAACGGUCCUCCCGUCGCGGAGAGGCCACGCCGGUUACCCCCCGAUAGAUUAAAGGCAGCGAAGGCUGAAAUAAAGAGGCUGUCUGAGUUAGGCAUUUGUAGGCCGUCCAGCAGUCCUUGGGCUAGUCCAAUCCACCUCGUCCGCAAAGGCAACGGCGAUUGGCGGUUAUGCGGUGAUUACCGUCGCCUAAAUGCCGGAUAA